UAAACAACUAUUGUAUGAUUGUGACGAAGGCACUUACCUCAUUUGACGUUUGAACCGAUUUUCCGGUUCACCAACCGCACCCUCCUUCCGUCCGUGUCUCUUUCACUUUACUGCUCUUUCCGUUUAUAAACACAACCCUCAAAUUGGCUACAGCUCAGGACAUAUUGGGAGAUAGGUGCAAUGUCUUGGCCUACUCAGGAUGAGUUAGAUAAAAUUAGAAGGAUAGUGUCUGAAAUGGCUGGGAAAGGUGCAGAGGAUGUUCGAGUUGUUGUUUCUCCUUAUCGGAUUUGUCCAUUGGGAGCUCAUAUUGAUCAUCAGGGUGGAAUUGUUUCUGCAAUGACAAUUAAUAGGGGAAUACUGCUGGGAUUUGUACCUUCUGGCAACACUCAGGUUGCAUUACGUUCAGCUCAGUUUAAAGGAGAAGUUAGGUUCAGAGUUAAUGAAACCCAACAGCCAAGGCACAGCAUUAGCAAGGGUGAAGAGAUUAAAGUAGAUAAAUCUUCUCCACCAGAAGAAUGUUACUGGGGCAGGUAUGCUGUAGGAGCCUUGUAUGCAUUACAGAGCAGAGGGAACCGUCUUGCUCAGGGAAUCAUUGGCUACAUCUGUGGAUCUGACGGUCUGGACAGUUCAGGCCUUAGCUCUUCAGCUGCUGUUGGCAUAGCUUACCUGCUGGCUUUGGAAAGUGCAAAUAAUUUAACUGUAUCUCCCACAGAAAAUAUCGAAUAUGACAGGGUGAUUGAAAAUGAGUAUUUAGGCCUGAGAAAUGGCAUAUUGGAUCAAUCAGCUAUACUGCUUUCAAGCCAUGGUUGUUUAACCUACAUGAACUGCAAAACUACAGAACACAAGCUUAUACACCCACCGAAUUUUCUAAAGGAUCACGAGGCUGAACCACAGAAAGGCUACAAAAUAUUACUAGCAUUUUCAGGACUGAGGCAAGCUUUGACUAGCAACCCUGGAUACAAUUCUCGAGUUGCAGAAUGUCAAGAAGCCGCCAAAAUUCUUCUGCAUGCUUCUGGAAAUGUUGAAUUGGAGCCCUUCCUAUGCAAUGUUGAACCAGAAACUUAUGAAGCUUACAAGGUCAAACUGGAACCAAAUCUAGCCAGAAGAGCAGAGCAUUAUUUUUCAGAGAAUAUGAGAGUUAGAAAAGGAUUAGAGGCUUGGGCUUCAGGAGAAUUGAGGGAUUUUGGACAACUAAUGUCGGCUUCUGGUCUAAGUUCUAUUAAAAACUAUGAAUGUGGUUGUGAGCCACUAAUUCAACUAUAUGAGGUCCUAUUGAGGGCUCCUGGCGUAUUUGGAGCUCGGUUCAGUGGUGCUGGAUUUAGGGGUUGCUGUGUUGCAUUGGUAGAUACUGAUUGUGCAGCAGAAGCUGCAAAAUUUGUCAGGGAAGAAUAUCCAAAGCUCCAGCCUGUGUUGGCCAGCCAAUUGAACCCAGAUACUGCUGUCUUGAUUUGUGAAGCAGGUGACUGUGCUCGUGUAAUCUGAUUAACUAGUUGCUUUUCAUCUUUUAACACUAUUAUGUUGUUUUAUUCAUUGAUUUAAUCGUACUCAAUCCUCUGUAUCAUCUCAAACUAUGAGUUUGCAUGAAAUGUAACACGAAUUUUGAUUUA